CUGAAUUGGGAGGAGACAGACUAGGGGGAGUAAAAUGAAAAUAAUUUUCACUUAAUUUGAGAAAUACAGUGAAAUUAAGUUAUUUUCCCAGAAUUUAAGUAGCUGUGUUAAACACCCAUUGACGACGAGAUCAAAUCGUCUUCCAUUCUUCACGAGCAAAUGCGUGGUUUAGCAGCUCAGAUUUAUACUUAUAUUAGCGGAAUUAGACCCAGAAAUGUACCAUCUAGUGGCAAUUCUUCACUACUUAGAACCAAAGAAGAAUUAACUCUUGAAGAGCAAGCUGAGAGAAAAAUUGGUUGGUUGCUUAAGCUUAUAUUUGCUGGCACUGCUACUGCUGUUGGUUACCAGCUUUUCCCAUACAUGGGAGAUAAUUUGAUACAACAAUCUGUGUCACUUAUGCAAGUCAAAGAUCCCUUGUUUAAGAGAAUGGGAGCAUCUAGGAUUGCUCGUUUCGCAGUAGAUGAUGAAAGGAGGCUAAAAAUUCUAGAGAUGGGUGGAGCUGAAGAGCUUGUAAAGAUGUUGGAUAAUGCUAAAGAUGACCGAACAAGGAAAGAAGCACUUAAAGCUCUUUCUGCACUUUCAAAUUCAGACAAAGCUGCUGCUGCCUUACACCAAGCUGGAGCAAUUUCGGUGAUCAAGUCUGUUCCAGACCCUGCAGAGGAUCAAGAUAUCACAACAUACAAGUCAAGUUUACUGAAAAAAUUCCAAGAUUUGAGAUACUAUGAAAACUAAUUGUACUCCAGCUACUCGUACUCCCUCCAUUUCAUAUAAAGAAAAGUAUUUGAUAUCCUUUUUUGAGGCUAGUACUUUAGGAGUUUAGGUUGACCGAUAAUUUUUUCUCAAAAAUAAUGCCAGAAAUUCGUGUUGAAAUCUGGACAUAUGGUUUGAUAAUGCUAUCCUUAUAUAGGUUUUAGGGAAAUUCGUUUCUAAAUAUGAUUUGAUAAUAUGACGGAGGAAGUAUGAGAUUUGUCAAA